AUGUCAGUGAAAACCCCAAACACCCAUCCCGGGAUCUCUCCCGGCGUGGUAGACUCUUCAAAGUCGAACCUAACCCCCAACGGAUCUAAUCUGUCUGGUAAACCCCGUCCUAGCGUGACUCAAAUUUCCCGACCAUUCUUCACAUCAUCAGAAUUAUCAUACCUUCACUCGCAAACUAUAGCCGAUUCCAAGAAGCUAGUGUUUACACAAAGGAAACAUCAGAUCUUCCAGUUUGUCUUUCAAAUAGUAAAGGCACUCAAGUUUCCUUUGAGAGUAUUGAGCACAUCCAUGAACUAUUAUCAAAGGUUUUAUCUUUUCAACAAGUUUGAGGAUGAAGAAAAGGACGAGUCCACCAGCGACGAUAACGAGCUAGAAAAAGAUCCAUACGUCGUGGCUUUGACAUGUGUAUUCUUGGCCACCAAAAAUGAAGAUUGUAUCAAGAAAUUAAGAGAUAUUCAGGUGGUUGCCAACAAAAUAAGAGAUAUCGAUGAAACAUCCAAGGGACACAACGGUUCUGGAAGUAACGGAGCUUCGGGAGGAUCCAGAAAUUCAGAUUCCUUGGCAGAGGCUCAAAGGAAGGCUAUUAUGUCUUUGGAAUUCAAGCUCUUGCAGUUGAUCAAAUUCGAUUUCAUUAAUGGAACAGUAUUGACCUUGGACUCGAUCGACUCCCUUACCAUCCAGUUCUGCAAGAAACUAGGCAUAAAUUACAAGAUCUCGAUGUUCAGCUGGUUGAUUGCAUUUGAUAUUAUGUCCACUCCCUUAUGCUUGAUGAUUCCAUCGCAUUGUAUUUCUCUAGCCAUCAUCAUCGUGACCCUCAACCUCAAGCCAUCUCAAAUUACCACCAAAUUCACUCCUGUUGAGGAUCUCAGUGAAGUCAAUUUAGAGGAAAUAUUGGAAGGCAUCGAUUGCUACGAGCAGUUUAGGUGUCCCGAACCAUUGGUCAACGAAGCCAUUAUCUACAUUCUUGACUACUACAUUCAUCAAAUGAAUUACUCUAUUUUGAACGAGUACAUUCCGGCUAUCGACGAGGAGACCGGCAAGGAGCAAGUGUUCAAGUUCAUGGAGUUGAAAUCAAGAUUCAAUGACUUGACCAAAAUGAACCAGAAGUCAUGCUUGAAGAGACAGCUCUUGGAGUCCGACGAGUACUUGAAGGUAUGGGAUUAUUCUGUGGCUAUGAAAGGUUCGGCCAGGUUCAUGUUGAGCAACAAGAGAAGAAGGUUCAGCGAAGAAAUCGACUUAGAGGCCGUCUAA